GCACGGGGUGCCGGCCCUCGCCCACCGCUCGCUAUCGCGAUAUCCCCUUCGGUUUGGUUUUCUGGCAGCGUGUGUCCCCCCGCGGCGCCGUUCACUAGUGGUUGGGCUCGCUGGGCGCAGGCGUAGCGUUUUGAACCGGUUGACCAAAAGAUGCCUUUGGUAUAGUCAGAAAAAGUACUUUUUUUUUUUUUUUUUUCCUUUGUAUCAAGUAAAUAUACUUAAUAUAGAUCCUAUUGGAACAUACAGACUUCUAUAAUGUCAUUCUAUGAAAUUCAUAAACUGUGUUUUGGUUCUCAUGCGCACACAUUGGCAACCUCCAGCAGGCAUGCUGAGGCACACUUCUGUGCGGAGAGCUUUGUAAAAUCCUUCCCUUCCUUAAAGCUUAUCAGAAAUAAUCGUCUUUCUGUGCUGGACAAAAGUACUGAGAUUUUGACUGGAGGGCCUUAACUGAAUUAUAACUUAAUUAAAAUGGAAAAAACAUUAGAUACCACCUGUGACGGUAGAAACUUGCUCAGUUGCUGCCUAGCUAUGAAAAUGCUUAAGCUCUGUAGGAGCCACGGUUCAUGAUCUUACAGUUUUCUGGACAGGUGCAAGCUGUCUCCCGUAGGAGUGCAGGACUGGCUUUGUCCUUGCAGAGCAGGGCUGCUCACCCAUCAGGUCACCAAGAGCCACACAGCUUACAGAGUUGAAGUGCUCCUCUUUGAGUCAUUUGCGUCUCGUUCAGGUAGAUUCUUGGAGCACAGCUAAAAAGCAGAAGCCCUAUCCUUUUUUUCUUUCAUGUGCAGUAAUGGCCGUCUGUGUCCUUGUGUUGUUAAUUAGGGACUAAACCAGAUAGCAGGGCCUGUGCUGCUGCUUCUUCCUAUCCCUGUACUUGGGAGGUUCAAACAGAACUGUGCUUCAUCCUCUCAGGACUGUGUUGUAAUCACAGGGCAGUUGAGAGAAUAUGAGAAAUCCAUUUGCCAUUGCUAGCGUUUGAAAUAAGUCUCUUAUCCCUGGAUAAGAUACCCAUCUCCCUGAAUCAGUUUUUAUUUGCUCUUGUUCUAAAAUGCCUUUAUUUGGUUUCCUUCCUGUUUGUUAUUCCUUUCCUCCAGAACACCUGUAAAGUGUGUUUCCUUUAGCCUUCUUGUAUAUCUGACAAGGUCAUGUGUCUGGCAUUUGAGACUUUACCUUCCACAAUGGAAUUAAUACACCUGUCAUUAUCCAUGUUUGGAACAACUGUUGGUCUUUAUGGGAUACCCUGGUGUAAGAAAUCCCUGCUGUUAACUGUCUUGAUGUCAGUUAUUGGAGCUUCCAUGGGAAUUCUAGACACAGGUGGGAAUGUACUGGCUCUGAACACCUGGGGAGCAGAAGCUGGGCCACAUAUGCAGGCCUUGCACUUCAGUUUUGCUGUUGGUGCAUUUGUGGCUCCAAUCCUGGCUAAAAUGGCCUUGGGAGGCUCCGAAUUGAAAGAACUUUCAGGAGCUGAAAAGACAAACCAGUCCAUCCUGAGGUCUGUGCCGACAGCAUCAGCUGCAUCAGCUACGUCAGCACUGAAACACCGUCUCGGUGCAGACUUUUUGUGGUCCUAUGUUGUCAUAGGGACUUAUCUGCUGUUAGUUUCUUUCUUCUUUUUUAUUUUGUAUUCAAAGGGCAGCUCAGCUCGAGACAAAUCAAAGGCGUCUCUGCAGAAGUGCACGUUUGCCAAAUAUCACUAUGCUCUUAUUAUGCUCCUGUUCGUAUUCUUCUUCUGCUACGUGGGAGCGGAGGUCACUUAUGGUUCUUAUAUAUUUACUUAUGCAAAGGUCUUUGCCGAGAUGAAAGAAAACGAAGCGGCCGCUUUGAAUUCUGUCUUCUGGGGCGCGUUUGCCGCUUGCAGAGGAGUGGCGAUAUUCUGUGCCGCUUGCAUGUACCCUGGCACCAUGAUCUUGCUGAGUAUCGUAGGCUCUGCCGCCUCCUCCUCGUGCCUGGCCUUCUUGGCGCGGCACCCAGCCUCGCUGUGGGUGGGAACCGCCGUGUACGGAGCCUCCAUGGCCACCAUAUUCCCCAGCGGCAUCUCCUGGAUAGAGCAGUACACAGUGGUGCAAGGAAAAUCGGCUUCUCUGUUUGUGAUCGGGGCCGCGCUGGGUGAGAUGUGCAUUCCUGCCGUGGUGGGGUACCUUCAAGGAAGGUUCCAGCACGUUCCGGUGGUUAUGUACACCGCCCUGGUGACCUCCGCGAUGACGGUUGUACUCUUCCCUCUGAUGUACAAGUUGGCCAACUCUCCUGAGGAGAGCAACUUGAAAGAAGUGAGUGAGAGCGAGGACCGGAAAGCUUUGUUGUCAAACUCAGGGCUUAAUGAGGAUGAAGAGGAUGAGGAGGAUGCGGGAGAGUGGAAUGAAGCAGACUUUGAGGUAAUAGAAAUGAAUGACACGCUGAAAAGCUCUGUGGUAGAGACCUCCCGUAAGAUACCAGGGGACUCAUCAGCCAAAGCCCCUCUCCAGCCCCAGCUGGACGAUGCACUGUGCGACCCUCCAGCGGUUGCUGGGGGCUCCCCUGGGAGAAAAAAUGCAAAUGUUGAUCGGGAGAAGAAUGAUUAAAGAAAAAGCUGACUCUUUUUUUUUUUUUUUUUAAAAAAAAAACAAACACAGAAAUGCAAUUGAAUUGUAGCUGGUCUUGUCAGGUGGUUCAAGAAUCCCUUUAGCGUGGCGCAGAUCUCAGCGCAUUCAUCCAGCCCUUCCCUUCCCUCUGCAACGUGUCUUGGCGUGGGAGAAUCCACUGUGGUGUGAAUGGGGUAAUGUGAUAAAACGUGUAGAUGAAUCUGAGAAUGUUAAACCGUAAGAGACGUUUUCUAAAUACGAGGCAUGCUUUUAAUAUAUGCUGUAAGAAGAACUGACUAGGAAAGAAUGGGACUGCUCAGAGCACUUGUUUUUUUGGGUGACUGGAGGGUGUGGUUUCAAGGUGCUUGGUCACAAAGUGUUUUCACAAGAGGGAAGAGAAAUCUGUUAUCUGUGACACUGAGCUUUCUUACCUCAUGAAAAAGGAAUGUUUCUGCUGGGCUGAACGUUUUGUGUGUGACAUAAACCAGGAAAUCAAGUUAAAUUUCAGGUGAUGCCCAGUGGCUGUAAAUCAGGUAACCUGUUGGCAAACUAUAUAAUUUCCUGGUUCUGUCACUAAGAUGAGAAGAAAUGAAAAAAUAAUUUUUAGGAGUGAACCACGCCUUUGGGUCAUUUAAAAGGAGUGGAGUAUGGGAAGCAGGACAAAAUGAGUCAUGUCAAUCUGCUGGAAUGCUUAACUCUGAUUUUCUGGUUAAACAGUGGUGACAAAUCUAAAUAGCCUGAAGUAGCUGUGAUUUUAAUUAGUGCACUACCACUGAAAUUAACAAAUGUAUGAAGAAGAUGAUAAAAUUUUAUACAAAAAGAUGACAAUAUAUCGUUAUUGAUGUAGGGAUUUGAUAUUUUGAAGCCAGUUGUUCAAGUUAAGGUUUUAACAACUUUUCUGGCUUCCUGUGCCAAGACUUUUAUGUAUGAAAAUUGGAGAAUGGGGGGGAGUUACCGAUGAGACAAUCCUUUUGGGUUGUACUGUCCCAUCGCUCACCCCUUGCCGGCUGGAUUAGUGCUGUUUGGGUUUUGUUUCCUUGGGUGGUGACUCACAGGGGGACUUUUCCCUAGUGGGAGGUUUCUGUUUGUAGGUUCAUUGCUGCUGAGCGAGGAGACCCUGGAAGGCCCUGUCAGGCCACUGAGGCCUCCCCAGGAAGAGCAAAAAAACUCAGCAGCUAAUGGCAGAAAUCUGACUCUAAAACAGUAACUUGCAAUUUGUCUACUUGAAACUCCAAAUUUGUAGGUUAAGUAUUUUUUUAAGGCUGUGUGAUCAGCAUGUGCCCAUGUUUGGGGUUUUUUUUUACUUUGCACUUUUAUUAGUAUUUUUCUUGCUGAGAAGUUUGAUUUAGUAAGAGCUCUAGAUGUAACACAGCACAGAACCUUGAAUGUUCAGUGUGUUUUCAGGACUGGUUUUGUUCCCUCUCUUGUCCUCCAAGUGUUCAACCUCGAACCUUGUGGCUUUUUGCCUUUCUUCUGAGAAGUUGGUAAGAAGCAGGAAUCAACUUGUAGUGAAAAUGCAUCAUUUUUGCAUCUUGCCGUGUUGUUUUGCCCAAUACCUUGUUUUCUCUUGUGUGUAUGUGCAUUUCUGUGGCAUCUUUUCCAGUGCAAUGCAUGAACCUGCACUUUAAAAUACAGCCUUGUGUCACUUGCUACACAAGGAUUCUCUUUGCUUAAAGUAAUGGUAGAUGCUUUUGAGUAUCAGGCCAAACCCUGUUCUAGGUACAGGUGACAGCAUUUGGACAACAGGAGUAGGGCUGUAGGGCCCUGAUGGGGUGUGGCAGAGGUGGUGACUGAGAUGGGCAUGGAUUAAACCUGCAUUUCCUCAGCUUUCCUCCUGCACCCCAGUAACUGCUGUGGGUGUGUAGGAAGCAGAGGCUGAGGAAGUAGGUGGUAAAGGGUAAAUCCUGCAGGUGGAUGGGGAAGUGGUAACUGCUUCUGCUCUGCUUUUGUGGUGUUCCCAGCCCCCAGAGAGGUCACGGGGUUUGGUGCAGGACAAAGAGCAGAAAUUACAGCUCCCCCCUGCCUCUGCAGUCCACAGGCUCCACCUGGACUGCCCACAAGGGAAAAAAGUUUCCCCAGACCCAAGAUUGUGUUGCCAGGAGAAAAUUCGUUUAAGAAACACAUUUGGCAACCAGGAAGAUUUUAAAUAAUCCCCAAUUCAUAUGCUAAUUUUUGGAAUGAAAUUCCAAAUGGAAUGUCCUGCACCUAAGAUUGUUCUCAGGGAUAGGUAACCUGUCUUGCAUAAUCAAGUACUAAAAACCAGAAAAUGAAAGUAAAGCUGCAUUGAGAAAUGUGCUCUGACCUGCUUAUAUACACAGUUAUUUGUGUUUGACUAAUGUCUUCCCAACAAAUGUAAAAAUACUGUGCAAAACAAAGAUUGGAUUAUUUUUUAUUUUUACUGGCUGUAUUAAUUCUUGCAUGUGUUAACUUGAAUUCAUCCCUCUUUUUCCCCCUUCCAAGCAGGAGGCCUGAGGAGUAGGGACAGAGCAAGAGCCUGGGCUGCUGGGCAAGAGCAGCCUUUCACAGGUGAAGGACCCAGAAGCUAUGGCAGGGAGACAGGGUGGAAUCUGGGUAGCUCCUGGGAGUGAUACUGGUUAAAAUCCCAUCCCCACAAUAGGUGGAGGGCUUUGUCUGCAUGAUGUCUACAUUUGGAGUCAUCUUAGUAAGCACUUACAGCCCCUUCUCCUUAUUUCUGGCCUCAACCUUGACAUGGAAUAUCCAUACAGAACUUGUUCUCCUCUCCCCUCCAAGCAUGCUUUUAAGAGCAGGGGCUGCCCCCUAAUGAAAAUGAAAUGUUUGAAGCCGUUUAAGGUUACUGCAGACCUAGAACAUUUCCAGUGCUGAGUGCAGCUCCCAGCACUUCUAGAGGUCCUUCAUGUUCAAGGCUCUAGCUUUCCUAGCUCUUGGAUUUUGGUGUUCCUCAAGGCUUGUUUUCAGACAGUGAAUGUUAGUUUUUACACAUUUCAAUUUCCUUCCAAGCAAAUUUACAGUGAGGAUCUCUUCACAGUGCCUUUUAAGUUACAGAUCCUCCAGAAAGCUUAAACACUUAACUUUACAUACUAUGGGCUGAAAUUACUUGAAGUAAACCGUAGUACUUUACCAUCGCCUUGCAUACCAGAAAAGUCAUCUCUGUUGAGGACAAGAACUGUGGUCUGUGCAUUAGAUACCUGAACCUAUUGAGAAUCUCAUAUUUUGGUCCAUAAAGCUGAGACCGAGUUGAAGAUGAGCACUUGCCCCUUGACUCGGGUGUUAAAAGUAACAACCUCUUGCAGUUAAAUGUCAUUUAAUCGUUUCAUUUAGACCCCCAAAGUGCUGCCAACUGCUGGAUUGUACCGUGAGCACUAACACCUUAGUCCUGGCAUUUGCACUUUCGUUCUGUACGUGACCAAUGCUCAAAUGCAAGAGCAGGCAAAGGUGUGUGCCUUGAUGGGGUUUUUUAGUUACUUUGCAUAAAAGCGCAUCGCAAUCUGUGGGUGUUCUAUUGUAUAUUUAAUAAUUUUCAUUCUGCUUGGUGUUGGUUUACAUUGUAUUGUAUAAUGUGAAAUUUAAUAGACUGACUUGUAUCUUGAAUGUAAUAAAUUCUUAACUGGAGAAGGCACUCAGGUUCCCUGAUGUAAAUAAAGUUUUGUUCUAUUUUUCAAA